AGAGAGAGAGAGAGAGAGAGAGAGAGAGAGAGAGAGAGAGAGAGAGAGAGAGAGAGAGAGAGAGAGAGUGAGUGGAGGGUGAGGCAUACUGUAGAUUAGCCUACUGCUGCUGCGACUGCUGCUCUACCAGAAACAGGGUGACAGCCAGGGAGAUAAUGCCCCAGAAUGUGGUCCUGGAUGGGCCAGCCCCCUGGGGCUUCAGGCUCACUGGAGGGAAGGACUUCAACCAGCCCCUGACCAUCACCAGGGUGACGCCUGGCAGCAAAGCCUCACUGGCUAACCUGUGCCCCGGUGACAUCAUCCUGGCCAUAGAGGGUGUGAGUACAGAGUGCAUGACUCACAGCGAGGCCCAGAACAAGAUCAAAGACCCUGCCUCCCAGCUCGGCCUCAAGAUUGAGAGGCCUGAGACCAAACUGUGGUCACCCCAAGUCACAGAGGAUGGGAAAGCAAACCCAUUCAAGCUCAAUUUAGAGGCAGAACAGCAAGACCUGGGCUACUUCGAACACAAGUUUAAUGUCAGGCCAAAGCUCUUCUUACCUGCAGGCCAAAGCAGCGAGUGCCCUCCUCCGCAAGGCCUGAUGGGAAAUGGCCAUCAGACAGUGGUCACCCUCUUCCCCCCUGACCCUCCUCUGUCUGCUAACCCCGGCACAGACCAACCCCUGGGCCCCAGUGCUCAGUAUAACUCCCCUAUUAACCUGUACUCUGAGGCCAACGUCUCGGCCGCUCAGCAGCUGGCUCAGAUCACCUCACUAGAGGAACAGGUCCAUUUAAGUGGUAAGACACUGUCCUCCAUCAAGGAGUCUCAUGUGUACCGGAUGCUCCAGGAUGACCAGGAGAGGCCACAUGAACCACGUCAGUCAGGCUCCUUUAAGGCUCUGCAGGAACACGUGGAGACUGAUGGAGUAAAGCCAUUGAUUACUAGGAGUGUCAGAGCUCCAGUGACAAGGCCUCCUCCACCGGCGGGAUCGCUACAGAAACUACCCCUCUGUGACAAGUGUGGAAACGGCAUAGUAGGCACAGUGGUGAAGGCCAGAGAUAAGUUCCGCCACCCUGGAUGUUUUGUGUGCUCCGACUGCAAAGUCAACCUGAAGCAGAGGGGCUACUUCUUUGUGGAGGGGCAGCUGUACUGCGAGACCCAUGCCCGCGCCCGGACGAUACCUCCAGAGGGACAUGAUGUCAUCACCGUUUACCCCACGGCUUGAGACCCGUGGACCGGGACAUGCACAGACCUGUCCAACUGGAGCAAGAACUGAACUGUCCCCAUCUCAUACAGAAUAUUUCAGGACAAAAUACAUUAUAUAUGGUUCCACAAGCUGCACAGUGGAUAAGUCAUACUACAGUGGCGUUUAUAAACUUAACAGAUGAACAGAUCAUAUCAAUACCUGUGGACAUUAUGAUGCAAUUGGGAAUUUGCUUAUCACUGCCAAAAAUGCAACCAUUUAUCUUUUUAAAAAGGAAUAGGUUUGUUAUGCCUUGUGAAUACCAACUGUGCCUUGUGAUUUAAAGGUUUUCUGAAUAUGUUACCAUUGGUAAUACAAAAAUAAUACAAAUGUAUUAUCUUA